GGACCGGGGUGCUCGGGAACUACAACUCCCAGCAGCCCCGGCGACCGGAAGCCGCGCCUGCCCGCCGCCCAGUGCAUUGUGGAGGAUGAGUCAGGGCCGGGGGCACCCAGACUCCGGCAGACUGAACGCCAGAGCUGGGUCGGGGCUCAAGACUGCGGCGGCCGGAACGGCUCGGAGAUGCAGGCGACUCGGAUAGCCCCAAGUGUGGGGUGGCAGCUGCUGCGGUUGGGGGGCGGAAGUUCAUGGCCCAGUGCGUUCCUGAGGCAGCCCCGACCUGGACCUGCCCGGCGACCCUAUGCCAGUGGGGCAGCUCAGGCGGUUUUGGAAAAGUCAGAGUCCCUCCCUGAUGCUUCGACCAGGGAUAAACAGGCCAAGGCGGAAUCUAAGUCCUUUGCUGUGGGGAUGUUCAAGGGCCAGCUCAUCACCGAGCAGGUGUUCCCAUAUCCAGCCGUGCUCAACGAGGAGCAAACACAGAUUCUCAAAGAGCUGGUGGGACCUGUAUCCCGUUUCUUCAAGGAGGUGAACGAUGCUGCCAAGAAUGACUCUUUGGAGGCGGUGGAAGAGACCACUUUGCAGGGCCUCAAGGAGCUGGGGGCCUUUGGUCUGCAAGUGCCCAGUGAGCUGGGUGGUGUGGGCCUAUGCAACACUCAGUAUACCCGCAUGGUGGAGAUCGUGGGCAUGCACGACCUUGGAGUGGGCAUUACCCUGGGGGCCCAUCAGAGCAUCGGUUUCAAAGGCAUCCUGCUCUUUGGCACAAAGGCCCAGAAAGAAAAAUACCUCCCCAAACUGGCAUCUGGAGAGACUCUGGCAGCUUUCUGUCUAACCGAACCUUCAAGUGGGUCAGAUGCAGCCUCCAUCCGAACCUCCGCUGUGCCCAGCCCCUGUGGAAAAUACUAUACCCUCAACGGAAGCAAGAUUUGGAUCAGUAAUGGGGGCCUGGCAGACAUCUUCACAGUCUUUGCCAAGACACCAAUUACAGAUCCAGCCACAGGGGCAGUGAAGGAGAAGAUCACAGCUUUUGUGGUGGAGAGGAACUUCGGGGGUGUUACUAAUGGGCCCCCUGAGAAGAAAAUGGGCAUCAAGGCCUCAAACACAGCAGAAGUGAUCUUUGAUGGAGUACGAGUGCCAUCGGAGAAUGUGCUGGGUGAGGUUGGGAGUGGCUUCAAGGUCGCCAUGCACAUCCUCAACAAUGGAAGGUUUGGCAUGGCUGCAGCCCUUGCAGGCACCAUGAGAGGCAUUAUUGCUAAAGCGGUGGAUCAUGCUGCUAAUCGUACCCAGUUUGGAGAGAAAAUUCACAACUUUGGGCUGAUCCAGGAGAAGCUUGCCCGGAUGGUUAUGCUGCAGUAUGUGACUGAGUCCAUGGCUUACAUGGUGAGUGCCAACAUGGACCAGGGAUCCACGGACUUCCAGAUAGAGGCCGCUAUCAGCAAAAUCUUUGGCUCGGAGGCAGCCUGGAAUGUGACAGAUGAGUGUAUUCAAAUCAUGGGAGGCAUGGGCUUCAUGAAGGAGCCUGGCAUAGAACGUGUGCUUCGAGAUAUUCGCGUCUUCCGCAUCUUCGAGGGAACUAACGACAUUCUCCGGCUGUUUGUGGCUCUGCAGGGCUGUAUGGACAAAGGAAAAGAGCUCUCUGGGCUUGGUAGUGCUCUAAAGAACCCCUUUGGGAAUGCUGGCCUCCUGUUAGGAGAAGCAGGCAAACAGCUGAGGCGGCGGGCAGGGCUAGGCAGUGGCCUAAGUCUCAGUGGAAUUGUCCACCCAGAGUUAAGUCGGAGUGGUGAGCUGGUAAGCAAUCAAGGGCUGGAGAGAGCCUGCAUCAAGAGCUGCUGGGGGUGGCCCUCUGAGUCCUAUGUACCUUCCCCAUCUUUUCAGGCAGUGCAGGCUCUGGAACAGUUUGCCACUGUGGUGGAGGCCAAGCUGAUAAAACACAAAAAGGGGAUUGUCAAUGAACAGUUUGUGCUGCAGCGUCUGGCAGAUGGGGCCAUCGACCUCUAUGCCAUGGUGGUGGUUCUGUCCAGGGCCUCACGAUCUCUGAGUGAGGGCCACCCCACAGCCCAGCAUGAGAAAAUGCUUUGUGACACCUGGUGUAUUGAGGCUGCAGCCCGGAUCCGGGAGAACAUGGCUGCUCUGCAGUCUGACCCUCAGCAGCAGGAGCUCUUCCGUAACUUCAAAAGCAUCUCCCAGGCCUUGGUGGAGCGGGGUGGCGUGGUCACCAGCAACCCACUUGGCUUCUGAAUACUCCCAACCAGGGUUGGCCCGGUUAUGUGCCUUCUCUCAAGCCAAAGCCAAGACUCCUUUCCCGGGGGCCCUGGUUUGCCCUGAAAGGGGCCUGGCGUUCCCAGGACCGUGUCUGCUUUCGUGCCUGCUCUUAAGAGCAUUUACUGCCUCACAAAUAAUAAAGUUUCUGACAAGCCA